AUGUUGUUUCAAAGAGAAACAAUCACCAAAAAACCUAAACCACCAAAAUCAAACUUAUCAUUAGCUUUACAAAGCUCGAAUAAUUCGUCUGGGAAUAAUUCAAAUGUAACAAAAACAAAUUCUACUUUAAAAAUUAAUUCAAAUACAUCUACUUUGAAAAAUUCCACUCGUCAUUCAUCCAAUCAUGAUUUCAAAUUAUUGAACAAUAUUCAUCAUUCCAAUACGAAUAGUAGUCAUAGAUCUGCAGGUACUACCACUAGUACAAAUGCAUCCACUACAGGGGAUCAUGCUUCAAGUGAUGAAGAUUUGGAUGACGAAGAUGAUUAUUCAUCCUGUGAUGGUAAGAAUGAAGAAUCUUUGAAAGACUAUAAGCCAGGUGGGUACCAUCCUGCCUACAAAGGGGAGUGCUAUAAUAAUAAUAGAUAUCUGUUGAUAAGAAAAUUGGGAUGGGGCCAUUUCUCUACAGUUUGGUUAGCCAAAGAUAACAAAUUGAAUUCAUACGUAGCUAUGAAGAUUGUCAGAAGCGAUAAAGUUUAUACAGAUGCUGCUAAGGAUGAAAUUAAAUUAUUGAAAAAAGUUACAGCAAAUAGCGAUCAAAAUGUGGAAGGUUCUCAUUUUACAAUGAACCUCCUGGAUAAUUUCAUUCAUUCAGGUCCCAAUGGUGACCAUGUAGUCAUGAUUUUUGAAGUUCUUGGUGAAAAUUUAUUAUCUUUAAUUAAAAAAUAUGAGCAUAGAGGUAUACCAAUCAUUUAUGUGAAACAAAUUGCAAAACAAUUAUUAUUGGGGUUGGACUAUAUGCAUAGAAAUUGUGGUAUUAUCCAUACUGAUAUUAAACCAGAAAAUGUAUUACUAGAGAUUGGUGAUGUAGAGGUAAUUGUAGAGAUGGUGGAAGCCUUGGAUAGACAAAAGAAAGAAAUCAAAAAGAUCCAAAGAAAAAUAUCAAGAUCUGGCACUAUAGAUUCUUUUAAUUCAUCGCAUAGCUUUAUGAGUUCCACUUCAAAUAACGCUACCAAUAAUAUCACUACCAAUGCAAAUGUAAAUAAUAAUACUAGUAAUUAUAAUAGUAGUAAUCCCUUUGCUAAUACAUCUACAAAUAAACAUAAUAAUAUUCCUUUAAAACUUGACGUUAAUUCUCAUUCAACUUUAAAUUCUAAUUCUAAUUCUUCAGUGCAAGUUCAACGUGUACCAAGUAGAAAACCAAGAAGGCAUACUUUAAUUACAAAUUCUCAACCAUUGCCUUCUCCAAUAAGUUCUUCAAAUUUUUAUGAAUUGAAAAAUCAAUUUUUAAAUAGUAACAGUAAUUUCAAUAAUAAUAAUUCUAUUUCAAAUAACCAUUCAAAUAGUAUAUCUAAUUCUGGAAUUUGGAAUGGUCCAUCUGCCUCUUCUCAUGCUAGAAAUAAUAACUUAAAUUUAGAAAGAAAUCCAAGUUUUUCUAAUUCUUUAUUACCAACUACACCAACUCGUCAUAAUACUCAUUCUGCUCUUUCGCAUACUCAUCAUACUUCGUCCAAUAAUGAUAUUCCAGCAAUUGCCAAUUCACACAGCUUAAGCAUUUCAAGAAAAUCAACAAAUUCAAUAAGCAGUCCUCAUGCAAUUCAAAAUAAUCAAAUAAACCAGCCCAAUAAUAAUCAACAUAUCACAAAUUCUUUAUCUUCAUUAGAUAUCUCUACUCAGAAUACUCCACAAAAAUUAAAUAAUAAUAAUAGUAAUAAUACCAAUAAUAAGCCAAUUCUAAAUAAUCCAUUUCAAAAUCAAAAUUCAAAUACACAUGAAAAUGAUUUGGUAAAAAAUAUGGAUUCAAAUGUGACAGAUGAUAAUGCUGUUUUGAUGCAAGAAGAUAACCAAAAUACAAGUAUGAUCAGAAUAAAAAUUGCUGAUUUAGGUAACGCUUGUUGGAUAGAUGAACAUUAUACAGAUUCUAUCCAGACAAGAGAAUACAGAUCCCCAGAAAUCUUAUUAAGAGCUCCCUGGGGUUGUUCGGCUGACAUUUGGUCAACUGGUUGCUUAAUUUUUGAAUUAUUAACGGGCGAUUUUCUAUUUGAACCAGAUGAAGGAAACUCUUAUUCAAAAGAUGAUGACCAUAUUGCACAAAUUAUUGAAUUAUUAGGUGAAAUUCCGUCAUACCUCUUAAGAAAUGGGAGAUCAUCUUCUGAUUUUUUUAAUUCAAGAGGAAAUUUAAGAAAUAUUUCAAAAUUGAAAUAUUGGCCGCUAAAGGAUGUAUUAAUGGAAAAAUAUAAAUUUGAAGAAAAAGAUGCUGUAGAAAUUGCCGAUUUCCUUUUGCCAAUGUUGAAAAUUGAUCCAAGAAAAAGAGCAGAUGCUGGUGGUUUAGUUAAUCAUCCAUGGUUAAAUGACACUUUAGGUAUGGAGAAUGUACAUGUGCCCGACAGAUUGGUUUAUGGAUCAGGUGCAGAUAUCCCAGGCUGGGAUCAAGAAGUAUCUCAUCAUUCAAGAGCACAUAAGACCAUUUCCGGUGAUGCUUAA